ACCUCGAAAAUUAUUCGAACAUGGGUUUUUCUGAAUCAAAAAGCUCGACUAUUCGUCCAGACAAUCACAAUGGUAUUUAUCGUGUUAGAGCGAAGGAUACCGCAGUUAUGAAGAAAGUUUGGCGGAUUGUGGAAUUCGAUCUUACUCGCUACGCUGCGGUAUUUUCGGCCAUACUUUUUCGCAAUCAUCCCCAGUAUAUCAAGUAUUUCCAGGACGACAAUAUUCCAGAGUUUGUACAAGAUGCCAGAAUAAAGAAAAAAAUUUCGGCUGUCUGCACCGUAGUGAGCGCUCUUUUUAUCGAUUACUCGAAGAAGCGACGUCAGAGGGAUCAUCUCUUGGGUUAUGUAGCGAUGAUACACAAGGACAUGCAACUGUCGUCCCAAGAUUUGGAACAAUUUUGUGGCUGGUUGAUUAUGUGCGAUCCUCCCUCAAUGUACGGAAGGCCGCUCGAGCAUUGGAUCUUGAAAAAACGCUACUGGGAAAUAAAAACGGCGUUCUGGGCUUCCAUAGAGAUGGAAAUGUCAGGAAUGUCUUCUUUUCUCUCUAUGGAAAAAGACAAUCACAAUAAAACUAAGAAAGGCGUAGCGAAACAUCGAACGAAUAAGCUUUCGUCGGAAAAUGCCACGAAUCCGUGGUCCAAACCAAUCAAACACUUCGCAAUAGCAAUGACAAGCUCUAAAAGUAUUAGUGCAGAGAAUACUCACAAAUUAACUGAUUUUCAAAAUCUUUCAAAAAACUUCAAGAAUACUCGUUCCCAUAAAUAUUCAUGGUAUGAUAAAUAUAAAAAUCGAAAGAAUAGAGAAACAAAAUCUGUGACUCUGAUGGCAUCAAAACCUAUGGAAACCAUCGAGGAAGAUCAAUCAAGAGGGCCAUCCUCCAGAAAACCCUCGAAAACUCAUGUCAACUCGACCAAAGUCCAAGGAGACUUCAAAGUUCAAGCUGAAGCUCAAAAAACUUCUAGCGACUUUGCGAUAAAGGAUCGAACUUCGGUCGUUGAUGCUGAGCGUGCAAGAAAACGACGAAGAGAUAAACGGAAUGUUGUUCAUCCUGCAACAGAGCUUUAAAAUGAUAAAGAACCGGUAGCCAAAAUAAUA